AUGAUGUUUCUUUUGCUAGGAAAACUCUGCGACGGGCGUUUGAUUGCGGUGAAACACAUGUAUGAUAACAAAUUUAGGAGAGUUGAGCAAUUUGUGCAUGAAUUUGAGAUCUUAACUCAUUUACACCAUCAAAAUCUUGUGUCUCUAUACGGGUGCACUUCGCGCCACAGUCGCAAACUUCAGCUUGUAUAUGAAUAUGUCUUUGAUGGAACUGUUGUUGAUCACCUUCAUGGUUCCAAAGCAAAACCUGGCAUGCUACCUUGGCAUAUCAAGAUGAAAAUUACAGUAGAAACAACUAGUGCAUUAGUGUAUCUUCAUGCAUCUGACAUCAUCCAUAGAGAUGCGAAAACCAACAACAUUUUACUAGACAAUCAUUUUAGUGUCAAAGUAGCUGAUUUUGGACUUUCGCGUCUAUUUCCAAAUCACGUCACACAUAUUUCAACUGCUCCUCAAGGGACUCCCAGUUAUGUGGAUCUGAAAUACCAUUUGUACUAUCAAUUUAUCGAUAAAAGCAAUGUAUUUAGCUUUGGAGUUGUGUUGAUUGAGCUGAUAUCAUCCAUGCCCGGUGUUGAUAUAUCACGGAACAAGCAACACAUCAAUUUGUCUAACAUGGCUAUUAAGAAGAUUCAAAAUGGGACAUUGCACGAGCUUGUUGAUCCUACACUUGGUUUUGGAUCAGAUUUCAAGAGUUCUAAAGAUGUUAGACCUUCUAUGGUAGAAGUGAUGGAAAGGUUUAAGGAUAUUCAGAGUGAUGGAACAUAUAAUUAUAAACCUGAGGUGUUGGAUAUCUCAAAAGAUGAUGAUAGUGGUUUUGUCAAGAAUGAGCCACCACCAUCAUCACCAGAUUCAAACAUCAAUACUUUUCCUUGA